CUUUUCUGUUAAGAAUGUUUGGACCUGCUUCUUUCUUUUGUAUGAAAUGAAAGGGGCGUUUCUUCAAUUUCAUAUAUUCUUAAUAUGGUACAGGUCCGCCCACUCAUCUCACUGCCUGGGCAGUUGCGUAGUUGUUAAUACUGUACUUGCAAAGCGUAGAGGAUUCAUGUUUGGCUUAAUUUUAAUCGUAACAUUUUCUUAAAUGUUUAACUUUGUCAAAUAUUAUAAAAAGAACUGCGGUUGUCUUUGGACAUAAAUAGACUUUGAAGAUUUAAAUAUAACAGUUGCUAACUAUGGGAGACAGCCUGCAUGAUGGAGUCUUAAAAACAUUAAUCAAGUUGAAUAAUACCCAAUUUAAGAAUUUCAGCCUUGAACUUGAGGAUAUCUUAAAGAAACAUGGAUUUCAUCAAUCUACAGAUGAAAAGUUGAGAAGCUUAACACGAGAAUAUGCUACAGAACUCUUGAUUGAUCAUUUCCAAGAUGAUGCCAUUUCUGCAGUUACUGAUAUAAUACUGCGCAUUGAGAAGAAACAAACUGUUGCUUCUCUUGAGGAACAUGACAAAGGUAAACUAUAUAAAGAAGCACUGCAAAAGAAAUUUGCUGUAGCUGAGCCAUACAACCCAUGUCUGGAAGACCAAACACAAUAUUUAGAGAAUGAGUUUGUAGAUUUAGCUAUCUGUUUCAGUGAGUGGGAAAAGGAAGAAUUUGAAUCCUUCCUGCGAAUGAAAGGAAGUCUACAUGAAGAAAUAAUUGCAAAUAAUUCAAGGCAAGGGAGUAAUAUUAGAAGUUUGUUUGAUGUUGACAAAAAUGGUAAAAGACCAAAAAACAUUGUGCUUGAAGGCAUUGCUGGGAUUGGAAAAACCUAUACAGCAAGACACAUUCUUUUCCAGUGGGCAUCUGGAGAACUUUAUCAAUGCUUGUUUAACUAUGUAUUCUACAUAAAAUGCUCCACUAUUACUUCUUCCCAGGCUAAUGGCUGCUUGUCGGACUUACUAUUUGAUUCCUUGGAUGAAACCUUGCAAUCAGUUAAAGGAGAUUUUCUAGAAGAGCCAGAAAAGAUCCUGUUUAUUUUAGAUGAUUUUCAUGAGCUCAGUAUACCAGAUGGUACAUCCUUAAGUAAAGCUCUUGCUCCACAAAUCACGCUGAAUAAAGUGAUCAGUCGACAGUCUCUGCCAGAAGCAUCUUUACUUAUCAUGACAAAACCAGGUAUGCAAGAUAGACUGAAUUCUGUAGACCGUUGUGGCACCAUUUUGGGGUUUUCAAAACAAGGACGAGAAAAAUAUUUUGCAAACUUUUUCAAGGCCAGUGAGAGGGCAGAGGCAAUAUUAAAAUUUAUUUCCAGUGAUGAAGAUUUUUGCACGCUUUGUUUUAUUCCUCUUGUAUGCCUCUUGGUGUGCAAGUCAUUGAAUAUUGAGAGCAAUUUAAUACAGUGUUUACAGAAUACCACAGAAAUAUUAGUAUCUUUUUUUGUAAACAUAUCUAAAAAUCUUCCUGACUAUGGACAAUCUCAGAGACUUAGUAUUUUGGCUUAUGAGGGAGUCAAGGCAAAAAAGGUACUAUUCAAAGAGGAUGAUCUGAAAAAGCAUUCUGUAGAUGCCAUUGUGGUUAAAUUCUUAAAUUUAGUCAAGUUGAAGGAUAAGGACACUGCUAAAAUUUAUUACAGUUUUCCUCACCUUAUUAUUCAAGAAAUGUUUGCUGCAGCAUUUUGUGUUGGAGAUAAAGGUGGAUCUGGCAUUGCAUUACUAGAAGAAUUUAUUAAUGCAAAAAAUGAAUAUUACUUUUUUGAAUGUAACAUGUUUGAAAUGGCCCUUCAUAAUCCAUCUGCCUUUGAAAGAAUGAAGAAGAUUCCAGAUCAGAAUUAUUUAUUAUCAACUAUCAGAUUCAUAUUUGGCAUUUCAAAUCCUGUGAUACUGGAAAAGCUUAAGUUAAAUCCUUCCCCCCAGAUGAAGAAAAAAUUGCAGGAGUUCAGUAAAGGUGCCUUCAGUCGAAGCUCUAAUUAUAAACUACAACCUUUUUUUUGGAAGUGCUUACAUGAAUUACAUGAAGAUAAAUUUGUACGAAGUGUGAUGUGCAAUGUGGAUCAUCUGUCUGGCUCAGAUAUUAACUGCACUGCACUGACCUACAUCCUUCUGCAUUCUACAAAGAUUAAUAACCUUUGUUUAAAGCAAUAUAAUUUAGGGUAUCAAGAACUGAAGGUACUUCAGCCAGGAAUGGAAAAGAUUUCAAGGACACUGAAAUCACUUUGGAUUAUAUCAAGCACUUUUAAUAAGGAUGGAUUAAAAGUAUUCUUGUCAAUAGUGAAGAAUUUGCGGAUUGAGAAAAUUAUCCUAUGGGAAAAUCAUCUUACAGAUGACUUUGUGGAGGAUCUAGCAUCUGCUCUUAGUACUAACAUAUCCCUGAGGAUAGUGGACUUGCAACAGAAUGAUCUUAGUGAAGGAUGUGUUCCUGCCCUAAUAUCAAUGAUGAACACUUGCUGGACUUUAGAGAGACUCUGUUUAUCGACAAAUCGUUUGGGCGAUUCAGGAGUGAAAUUACUUUGUGAAGCAAUGAUGAACCCUCCCUGUAAAUUGAAGAUGGUUUGGUUGGAUAACAACAACCUGACAGACAGUUGUAUUAAAGAUAUAGUAAGAACACUGAAUGCAAAUAGUCACUUAUCAGUGAGCUUAGGACAAAACAGCUUCACAGACUAUUGUACUCCAAGCUUUGUUCACCUUAUCAAGAAUGGGCAACUUUUUGGAUGGGAAAAUAAUAACUUCACUGAGGAAGUGGUUAAAAUCCUUCAAGAUACACGUUGUGGGAAGAUUGCAACCGACAAAGGUCAGAUGACUUGAGUACCAGUGGAAAACCUGCAAAGUGUGAACUGUCAUAGAGUAGGCAUUGACCAAUAACAAACAUGGGAUUCUGCAUACAAAUAUCAGAAUUCAAGAGUAAGUGAAAACGUGCUUGCCAAGUGAUCAUCCCCACCUCCUAACUCUACUCUCAAUCCUAAACAGGAAUUUUUUGUACUUGUAUAUUUGGCCCUGUAUAUUUCGGUGUCUCUUGCAAGUAGUGGGUUCAACAUGGCUUCUCAGCUUACCACAUACAGUACACAAAAAACAAGCAGCAUAUUAUAUAGUGAUUUUAAUUUUUAGACUGAAGGUGUAAGAAAUGAAGAUUAAUUUAAACUUUUGGUACAGUUUAGUUUGUGUAUCUUUGAAGUGUUUGUCAUGCUCAUCUACAGCUGACAAAGAGUGGAGCCAGCCCUCAGGAAAUACUGGAGAAAUUGAUAACUAAGUAUGGAAGAUGAUUGUCCCUAGUGAAAAACUCAUGGUUAAAGAAACAAACCACUGACUAGGUAGGUAGAUCCUGAAAAGCUAAAGAAUAAAAAAAAAAUGUGAGCACACAUGCUUACUUGUGUUCAUUGUAUGAUAUAUAGUCAUAUGAAAAAGUUUGGGAACCCCUCUCAGCCUGCAUAAUAAUUUACUUCCAACAAAAAGAUAUCAGUGGUAUGUCUUUCAUUUCCUAGGAACAUCUCAGUACUGGGAUGUUUUCCAAAUGAGGAUUUUUAGUGAAGCAGUAUUAAGUUAAAUCAAAUGUGAAAAACUGGCUGUGCAAAAAUUUGGGUACCCUUGUAAUUUUGCUGAUUUGAAUGCAUGUAACUGCUCAAUACUGAUUACUUGCAACACCAAAUUGGUUGGAUUAGCCUGUUAAGCCUUGAACUUCAAAGACAGGUGUGUUCAGUCAUGAGAAGAGGUAUUUAAGGUGGUCAAUUGCAAGUUGUGCUUCCCUUUGACUCUUCUCUGAAGAGUGACAGCAUGGGAUCCUCA